CACGGGGCGGCCCCGCCGCGGGCCCGGGAGCGGCCCCGGCCGGUCCGACCGGCUCCGUCGUGCCCAGCGGCUAGGCCGCCGCCCCCUCCGGGUCGCCCAGCAGCGGAGCCGUGAGGAUGAGGAGGGGUCCGAUCCCGCCCGCGCUCAGCCUGGCCGUGACCUUGGCUGCGCUGCUGCCCACGGCCGGCGCCCGCCGGAGCCAGGACCUGCACUGCGGGGCGUGCCGGGCGCUGGUGGAUGAGCUGGAGUGGGAGAUUGCCCAGGUCGACCCCAGGAAAACCAUCCAGAUGGGCUCGUUCCGGAUCAACCCUGACGGCAGCCAGUCGGUCGUGGAGGUGCCCUACGCUCGGUCGGAGGCGCAUCUGACGGAGCUGCUGGAGCGGGUGUGUGAGAAGAUGAAGGAAUACGGGGAAAAAGUGGAUCCAUCCACACACCGCAAGAGUUACAUCCGGGUGAUCUCCCACGAUGGGACCAAGAUGGACCUCUCCGGGGUCAAGAUUGAUGGAGACGUGGCUUCUAGCCUGAAGUUCGCGUGCGAGAGCAUCGCCGAGGAGUACGAGGACGAACUCAUCGAAUUUCUCUCCCACGAGGCCGACAACGUCAAGGACCGGCUCUGCAGCAAGCGGACGGACCUGUGCGACCACGCGCUCCACAUCCCACACGACGAGCUGUGAUGCGGCCGGCGCCAGGCUCCGGCAGGACGUCCCCAACCUCACGGUUCGCCUCGUCCCCGCCGGGCCGGGCAGACGUGCCGGGGACAACCGCGGCUCUGGAGCUGACGCCGCCUCACCCAGUCUGGUGCUCUCAUCCUAUUUAUUCACUGUCCGUCCGUCCGCCUCAGGGCCAGGGACAGCGGGACACCGGCCCUGCUCCCCGACAGGGCAGAUGCGGGGUCCACGGCUGCAUCCUCGCUCCUGCUGGGAGAUUUCGGCGGGCGGGUGGCCACCCAGGGACCUUCUGCUGCUGUGGGCGGGGGACACGGGGGCUCAGCCACCCCCAGGGGGGCGGGGGGCUGGGGUGGCCAGUUUGGGGACCUCCCUCCCUGCUGCAGGCAAUAAAGGGGCCGUGGCGGCUGCGCCACGUGCCCACCCGAGGGCA